GUGUCAAGCACGCGGCCGUCUGUCGGUGCGGAGUAUUCCCAGCUGCUUUGCCGAGUGCGACCCAGCGACAAGCCUGGCGCUUUCGUCCAUGUCUCUGAAAAGGAGGCCCGCGUGGAGGUGUCGCAAGGCAGCGCAGCAACAGCUGUAAACUUCGACAAGGUCUAUGCAGACAGCCAAUCCGAAGAUCAGCAGGAGUUCUUCCGUCGACUGCAGCCUGCUGUGCUUUCCUGCUUAAGCGGAUCCUCGUGCACAAUCCUUGCCCAUGGAGGACCCCAGAGUGGCAAGUCCUAUGCCCUCUCGGGGCUCUUUACGUCAGGGGAGCUCCACGGCAUUGCACCUCGCGCCAUACAAAGCAUCACGGAGGAAAUGGAGCGGAUGGGCGACUCUGCACCUGCAGUAGAAGCGUCCUUCUUCGAACUGCAGCAGGACGCCCUCUCUGCAAGACAUGCAACAUCAUAUUUUGUACGCAUAAAAGGCCCGGGAGAUUCAGCAGCGGACCUCUGUGGGCGAAGCGUUUUCGAGUUUUUGGUUCCAGGUCGCAGUGUGUACUAA